AUUUUCUUCUUUAAGGCUUAAUCACCAACUUGAAAUAAAGAAAAGUUAAGGAUUAAUCGAACGAAUUAUCAAAACAUCCGUUGAGAAAAUGAAAGUAGACAAUCAAAACAAAUAACGAGAAGUUUGAAUGACGAUAUUGUUAAACCACGGAUGCUGUGAUGUAAGCGGAGAAUGAGUUUUAUUCGAGAUAACCGUAUUAGUCGUGGUUUAAAGCAGGCUCUUGACUCUGUUGAGGAUGUACAGGACAGGUUCUUAGCAGAGGAGGAAGAGGAGUUUGAAAAUUUCAGCGAAAACUUAACUCUCAAAAUAGAUAACCAGGAAGUACCAAAACAAAAGCAUGAGAAAAAUUCCUGCAUUGUUAAUGUUAAGGGAGACAACCCAGGAACAAGAGCAGUAAUAUUUGAGGUGAUCAAAGCAGAAAAAGUGAAAGAAGGAAGAUCUUCUUUUGUGCAAUAUACACUUUCCAUUGGUUCAGAGGGAGAAAGGGACAGCACUCCUGGAACAAUAGAAAAAAGAUAUUCUGAUUUUAGUGUUCUAAAUUCUAAACUUAAGAAAAAGUUUCCAAAGGAAAUGGAGCAUAUCUCCUUUCCUGGAAAAUUGGUAAUUGGAAAUUUUACCAGUGAAACAAUAGCACAGAGAAGCAGGGCAUUUGAGCAUUACCUUACUCACAUAUUCACAGUAGACUGUCUGCGGUUUUCUGAUGAAUUCAAGGAAUUCCUUUACCAAAGAAAAAUCCAGGAAGGUAUUGAAAGGUUGCAGAAAAAUGAUUUCUCUCAUUGUGUAAGCAUUAUGGAAAAAUACCUCCCAGUACAGGAGAGCAUACAGGGCAAUCAGCACAGCGAUGUUGUGUGCACACUCUGUGUGCUUUCACUGUGCCACCAAAAACUAGGAGACAGAGAGGCAGCACUAAAAUAUGCAGAAUCCGCAUUGUCCUGUAUGAAUAUCAGCAGCACUGACUGUUUCCUGGUGCCCCUGCUGCACCACACCAUCUAUCUGUGCUGGUUGUUGAGUCGUGAGAAGUCGCACCUAGAGGCCAGGCUGGCUGAUCUAGGGGACAAGGGAGGUAAAUCUGAAGAACUCAUUACUGUGAUUUUAAAUUAUACAAAAUUUGAUUCAGUGUGGUAUGGGGAAAACUGAUUUAUUUUUCUGUUGUAUUGAAGGUCAAGAUCUAGUAAUGAGUUGAUACUGAUCUUUAUUGCUAGCUGUUAGUGAUAUAAGAAAUGAAAUGUUUUCUUGACAACCUAUACACUCAGGAAGACCUUGAUCAUGCCAAGAGGUAAAGGGAAAGUAAUUGAUUCACAUGUCUUUGAAAUCUUUGUUAGUCUGUAGAUUGAUCACAUUUUAUUAUAUAAAAAAAUCUCUAAACUAUUCAUAAUUUGGUACUAAAUAACUUUUAUGAACUUUAGAAUUAGAAGUUGUAAAUGACAUAAUCUGAAUAUACUAAUAAAGGGUUUUUUUUUCAAAAUACGGUACUGAUAUAUACAUAUUAUCAGAAGAUGUGAAAUGCUAUAAAUGAUUGCUUUCUAAAUUACUAUCAGCAACUUACCAGUUUCUUUCCAACUUCAAUGAAAAUGCCAGCAUAAAACAUUUUUUAUCACCUUUACAUAAAAUUUAUGCUUUGAUAUAACUUAUUUGACAAGGUAUUUGUUAUUUUACAUAUAUAUUCAUAUCUCAGGUUGCAGAAACCUGUAGGCACUGUACAUUUCAAUGACUAGAUCUUGACCUAUAUAGUCUGCAGGCCAUGGAAAUGGUUUAUUCUACAUCUAAUGUGUAUGAUUGUGCCAAUUAAAUUUAAAUUUUAUAUAAGUAUUAACAGGUGCAUAUUUUUCUUCAUUGAUAUUUGCUUAUUGAAGUACAAGUAAUACAUGUGCAUUAUGACAUUCUUACGAGGUGGUUGCAUAAUAUACAUAUUUAUUUUAUGCAUGGUAAAAUUUAUAUUUUAUAAGGUUUAUUUUAAUUCAUGUGUAUACAAAUAUAUUACAGUAGUAUUUUUGACAUGUUAUUUUUUUUCUCUAAUCAUACAAACUCUU